AUGAAUAAAAAAUUAGUAAGUAUUAUUUUACUUUUUUCUCUAGGAGGUUUAGUACUUCUUAAUAAGUUAAGCUCAAAAAAUUUAAAAUCCAAUUUUAAAUCAUCUGAUGAGUUAGUAAUGAAAUCUAUUGGUGUUCCUGAAAGAGUUUAUUCAGUGCAUAAUUAUGUAUAUUAAGAUAAGUACCUGAAUGCUAAGUUACAAAGUGGUGUAUCUGACUGGAUUCUUCAAUCCUCUAAUAUGCUUAUAUUAGAAUACUUAAACCCUGAAUCUGUAAUCAAGGGAGAAGAUAUUCCUUAAUAAAUAUUAGAAACUAUGGAGAUCGUAAAAGAAAAAUAGGACUACUAUGUCAUGCUCUCAGUUGGUGGAUUUGUCAGCAGCCCUUAAUUCAGAAUGAUUGACUGUGAACUUCUUGCUAAAAAUUUAGCUAAAAUUGCAAUAAAGUAUAAUGUUGGUAUAGAGAUUAGUAUAAAUUAAGGAGAUGAUUCAUAAUAUGCCUAAAACAUAGAAAGACUUAUUAAGGAAUAUAGAAAGAUAAUCCCUUAUGGUACCACUAAAAUGAGCUAAGUAUUGACUGCAGUCACUUUUAAGAAAAGUACAUUCGUUUAAAAUUCUUUAAUCUAGUUAAAAGAUAGUCUUAAUUGGAUUACUUUAGAGCCUGAGUUUGAUUAAGAAGAUUAUGCUAAUAGAGCUAAUAACUAUUGGGACAAUAUUGAUGAAUAAAUUGUAGACAAUUAAACAUCUAAAAUAGUUGUUGGAAACUUUGUAAAAGCUUCUUGCUCAAACUAAACUGAUGUUGACAUAGCCUUAAACUACAAAUUUAAAGGAAAUUACAGUACAAAAGGUGUUUCUUUCUUUUUUGCUAUUUCACCUAAAACAUGUUAGCUUUAUGGAAAGAUUGCUUAUUGUGGACUCUACAUGUACAGUUAUAUGACAUCAGGAGAUGGCUCUUACAGUAAUCCCUAAUGCGAUGCUAUAAAUUAAGCAUUUUAUUUAAGCAAUGACUAACAUUGA